ACAUCGUCCGCAUAUACAGGUCCCAGAUCUCCCAUUUCCUCCACUCCCCCUUCCCUUCUCUCCUCCUCUCUCCGUCCGCUCCUCUUCCGCCUCCCCUGCGUCGCCGGUGCCCAAAUGCAUGCUGCCCCCGAGGCAAACGCGGCCGGGGUGCCGGCAGCCUGGAACCCUGCGUCCGAUCAGACCGAUGGCUUCGGCGAUGACCCAUACUUCCUCGGGCGUUGCAUCCCCUGGCUGCCGCGCCUGGACCGCGAGCUGACUGGCAUUGCCCAUGUGGACGGCCGCUAUGACCCCUCGGCCGGACGGCACAUUGGCCGUGUGGUCCUCUGGCUGCCGGAUCACUCCACCCUUCGGACGACCCUCGACCGCGAGGGCGCCCCGCCGUCCUGCCCAGCGGCGCUCCUGCCUGCCGGGGGCACGGACACUGGGGAUCUGGCUUCCGACCUGGCGGCCGCUGGUGCUUGGCUGGAUCUCCCCUGGUCCGAUGAGGAGGACACUGGCAGCAGCGAUGGCGCCGAUGACGAUGACGAUGCUGAUGGCGACGACAGCGGCGAGACUGGCCCCGGUGCUGAGGCCUGCAAGGGACCUGAUAUUGUUGGGGGCCUCCUGGGCCUAUCCAUCAAUGCUGAUGCCGGCACCGGCACCGGCACCGGGACCGGCACCGGCACCGGCACCGGGGCCCUGCCCUGCCCCCUGGUUCCCUAUGACUCGGACAACGGGGCAACCCUCUUCGAGCGCCCGUGUGCCGCGGCCGGCUCGCCCGAGAUGGCGCCUCGCGCCUGGACACCGACCGCCACGUUUGAAUACUCCACCGGGGGGUAUGCCCGGCUGGAGGGGUUUGCCAUGGCAGUCCGGCGAAGUGCCCUCCCGGGAGCCCGGCUGGCGCCUCGCUGGCGUGAACAAGCCCCGGAGCCCCUCUUCGGCGGGGAGCCGACCAGGCGGCCAUCCCCAAGUGCCGAGGCUCCCGGGCCUUGGUUUGUCCCGCACGGCGAAGUGCGCGUCUUCGACAACACGGGUGCCUGCAUUCUCAAGGGACGUGCCUUCUUCGGGGUCUUGGCGCGCAUUCGUCUCUGGCAUGUGAACAUGCCCUCGCGCGCCCCGGAUGCCUCCCUUUUGCCCCCGCUCUCGGUGAUUGCCCUGCGUCCCGGCGUGGUGGACGAUCUCCCAUGUGCCGGGCGGUCGACGGUCGAGCAGCUGCCGGAAACCGGCCACGCGGAGCCCCUGCUGGCAGACUUCGUCCUGGCCCCCGGGGUCCGCCGGGCCGAGCUCUCGGUGUCGGCCGAACUGGACCCGGUCACCUGCCCGGCCGUUUUCAAGAGCAUUGCCCACUGCCAGGCGGUGCCGGAGGUGCCGGCCUCCGCACAGACCGACGCCUGCCUGGCCCUGCCGGCUGGGUCGACUCUUCCGCCUGUCCGAUGUGAAUGCCUUCGCAUGCCUCUCGAUGUGCCCCCGGCCCAGCCGACCCUGCUGAUGCUGUUGGCCGAUGACGAGUGCGACGACAGCCGAGAUUAUUGUGUUUGGAUCACCAAUGUCGGCAUUUCCCCCCUCAACGGCAUGGUCGAGUCGUGUCCAUUGCUCGGAUGCAAGGGCGACGCAUGUGCCCGUCAAAGUGCCCUGCCAGGCCCGGCGAGCUCCGUCCUUUUCGACAAUGGCCGUGAGGUGUUCGGGACCUUUAAGUGUGGGCGUUUUGGCCAGGCGCCCGCAUUCACCGAGCAGGAGCGAGCCCAUCUGAUCGCUCACCCGCCCCCCGGAUUGCGCAAAGCCCUCUCUCAGGUGGACCUGUCUGCCGGCAAUGAGCGCAUCAACAUCGAUGAAUCCUAUGACCCCUCCAACUGCCAGCACUUCAGCCAGGCUCCCCGGAGCCGGGAUCUGCUGGGGCUGUGCCGGACUGCCAUCGGGCCAUCGGGCGUUGGGCCCGACGCCGGAGACGGGCUCUUCGCCCUGUGUGACCUGGAGGAGGAUCGACUGAUCUCCUACUACAAUGGCAUCCGAGUUUCGGCCCACCACGUCGACAGUAGACCCUGGCACGCCAACAUCAAUGCCAUCACCCUUUGCCGGUUCACGGUGCUGGACGUGCCGCCAGGGGACUCCCCCUCUUUCGGGGCCUUCGGCGUGGCGGGCACGCGCCAGGUGGCCCCGGCCAUGGCUUACACCGCGACCUUGGCACAUAAGGCCAACCAUUCCUUCGACCAGGGCCAGGUGAAUGCCCGAUUCGCGGACACCUGGCAUCCACGCUUCGGGCACAUCAUGUGUCUCAUUUCUACGCGGCCCAUUCGCGCCGGCGAGGAGAUUUUCGUGUCCUACGGCUACUACAUCCCUCAGAAGGAGGAACCCCGUGACCCGGCCCCAGGCCGAGACACCAUCCCGUCCUUCCUGCGGCAAGUUAGCCAAAAUCGCAAGUCCGCCCUCACCCGGCUGGACUGGAGCACCGCCGAUAUUCCGGACUGGUAUCGUGAUGCGGCGAAGCAGUUCAUUUGACCCGCCCUGCAAAGGGCACAGCCGCCUGGGCGGCCGCACGGCCGCCCAAGCCCAGCCGGGCAGGACGAGGAGUCCUCCGGUAACAGCCUGGCGAAGUUGACAUGUGCAUGUGCCCACACACACAUGCUGGCACUCUCGGGUCUAUUUUCCUUACUCCCCCAUGGCACCAAGCAUCCGCUCCUGGCCAGCUGUGUGCCUCCUCCCUGCCUCCCCCCCCCCUCCCUUUUGCCCGUCUCUUGCUCCCUCCACUUCUUGGCGGAAGAGCACUAAUAGAUUGUCCUCGGGCUCGGUCAUGCGGGCCAGGGUGUUUCCAAA